AUGAAGGUAAAUAACUUUUGCAACACAUUCAAAAAUCUGGUAUAUGCAGAGCAAUAUUGGCCCCGCACUCUAUUUCCGAACAAAGGCCUGUGUAAUAGUGUUACUCUGGGAACCAAUUUAUCUGAUGGUCCGGUCACAAUGCCAAACUGUAUGGAAUAUGGAUAUACUGCUCUCGAUGUGAAAAUAUUACACGCUUGCACCAACAACAAUGACCCUAACAAAGUGUGUAAUGUUCUAAACACACUUAUUUUCGAUCGCGAUCAGCCUUUCACUUUCCAACUCGGAGUGGGUCAAGUCAUCAAAGGAUGGGAUGAGGGUUUAGUCGACAUGUGUGUUGGUGAAAAGCGUAAAUUGACCAUACCCUCCUCUCUCGGAUAUGGCGAACGUGGGGCCGGUAAUGUUAUCCCACCUCACGCCACCCUCCACUUCGAAGUCGAGCUCAUCAACAUUGGAGACUCACCACCAACCACCAAUGUCUUCAAAGAAAUCGACGCUGACGCUGACAACAUGCUAUCGCGUGAAGAAGUGAGUAUAGACUUAGCGUUCCAGGCGAUGGACACUGAUGGUGACAGGGAAUUAUCUAGAGAGGAGGUCAGUGAUUACCUAAAGAAGCAAAUGGUGCCUCCAGACGGUGGUGAAAUCAGCGAGGACGUUAAGCAGAUGUUGGAGAGCCAUGACAAGCUUGUAGAGGAAAUCUUCCAACACGAGGACAAAGACAAGAAUGGUUUUAUCAGCCAUGAAGAAUUCUCAGGGCCCAAACACGACGAGCUGUAA